AUGUGCUUCUACGUUCUUGCCCACUGGAAAGUAUGUCCCCAACCGCUCCCUGGCAUCCCCUACAACCAAACUGCUUCCCACCGUAUCCUCGGAGACAUCCCCGACCUCGUAACCUCGGCCCGGCUGACCAAAGAAGGGAAAGAAGAGGGGGCUAGAAGAGCAAUGCGGGAGUUGAACCGUUUCGAGCCGGAGCACUGGCUGGUGAGGAAGAAGGUGAAAAGAGGUGAGGGCCAAGUUACAUAUAGGGAAUUGGAGGAAAAGAAGGAGAAAGAAGAAGAAGAAGAGGAAGAAGAAGAAGUCCUUGAUUCAGUCGAACUGCCGGUUUUGGCUUUCUCGGCGGGGUCGAGAGGGUGUUUCGUUCUUGUCGUUCCCAGAAUCGUUGAGUGGGAUGGAAGGUCGGCAAAGGGUGUUGCGCAGCCCGCAGCAGUGUUAUGUCAAGGUGGAGGUUAUUUGAAGCAAAGACUGCGGCUGCUGCUUGUCCCGAUCUUGGAUGCGGUUACAGAGAUUUCCAAAGACGACAUGAGGCUUGCCUGGAUUUUGGAUUGGUAA